CAGCGGCGCGGCGCGAGCAGCGGGCAGCGGGCGGUCGCUCGGACGGCCUCUCCUCCUCCUCCUCCUCCUCCUCGUCCUGCUCCAGCUCCUGCUCCAGCUCCCGCUCCUUCGGCCCGAGAGACUUCCCGCGGAGCCGUGCGCCAGCCCCGAGGCUGCCUCGCCGCCCCGCAUCGCGUCCCUGCUGGGCACUCGGAGGGCAGCGCGCCGGAGACCGAAGUUGCCCCGCACGGCCCGGCGGGCAGGCUCCGGCUGCAGCGGCCCCGCCGGCGGCGCGCACCGCAACUUUUGAGAAGCGAGCAGCAGCCCCAGCAGCGGCGGCAGCAGCAAUGACUCCCUGGCUCGGGCUCGUGGUGCUCCUGGGCAGCUGGAGCCUGGGGGACUGGGGCGCCGAGGCGUGCACAUGCUCGCCCAGCCACCCUCAGGACGCCUUCUGCAACUCCGACAUCGUGAUCCGGGCCAAGGUGGUGGGGAAGAAGCUGGUGAAGGAGGGGCCCUUUGGCACGCUGGUCUACACUGUCAAGCAAAUGAAGAUGUACCGAGGCUUCACCAAGAUGCCCCACGUGCAGUACAUCCACACGGAAGCUUCUGAAAGUCUCUGUGGCCUGAAGCUGGAGGUCAACAAGUACCAGUACCUGCUGACAGGCCGCGUCUACGAUGGUAAGGUGUACACAGGGCUGUGCAACUUCGUGGAGAGAUGGGACCAGCUCACCCUCUCCCAGCGUAAGGGGCUGAACUAUCGGUAUCACCUGGGUUGUAACUGCAAGAUUAAGUCCUGCUACUACCUGCCUUGCUUCGUGACCUCCAAGAAUGAGUGUCUCUGGACCGACAUGCUCUCCAACUUCGGCUACCCUGGCUACCAGUCCAAACACUACGCCUGCAUCCGGCAGAAAGGCGGCUACUGCAGCUGGUACCGGGGAUGGGCGUCCCCGGACAAAAGCCUCAUCAAUGCCACAGACCCCUGAACGCCAGACCCUGCCCUACCUCACCUCCCUCCCUUCCCGCUGAGCUUCCCUCGGACACUAACUCUUCCCAGAUGAUGAUGACAAUGAAAUUAGUGCCUGUUUUCUUGCAAAUUUAGCACUUCGAACACUUAAAGUCUAUGCUUGUCAUAGGGAGUUUAUUUGGAAUCAUCCUCCUGGCCCACCCUACCCCUUCUUUUUGGUUUUGACAUCACCCAUUUCCACCGGGGAGUCUUUGGUGACAUGCCAGAAAGAAUGAGGAGUGUAUACUCCUCUUCUUCAUGAUAAUAUAAUCUAUAUUUUUUUAGGAAAACAAAAAUCGAAAAACUACCCCAUUUGGGCAUUGUAAUACCUACCCCCUCUUUCUUCUUCACUAUCUCCCAGACCCCCCCUCCCUCUACCCUUUAUCCUCCACCCCAGUACAUAAAGGACGCAGACAAGAAAGUUGCUGAAAGGCCAACUGUUUUCAGAAUCAGUUAAGGGCAGUGAGCAGAUAGACUCAGGACACAUAGAUGAUUUUAACACCGAGGAGAUGCUACUGCAUGUCCCAGCCAAACUAUGUCUGUGUCUGCAGGUGGGAAUGAGGGAGGGAAGGAAGAAACUGCAGGAGAGGGUCUGAGAUGAUGCAGCACACACAGAAUUCCUCCAGCCCCGUGGUGCUCGGGUUGCCCAGACGGUGGGCCCAGGGGUGACAUCCUUCAGAGUCUGGGGCAAGCAGCCAGGUCAGACUGUUAGAACUUUCUGAGUUGGUGAAGACUUCAACAUCUGCCUGAAGUCAGGAGGCAAUUUGCCUGCCUUGUACAAACACUCAGGUGAGAAACUGAGAAUGAUGUCUUUCCCUGCCUCCCAUAAGAUCUGCUUCUGGAAAACUCUUUGGUAGAUUUGGCAGGGAGCUUGUCCUUAUGUAAACUGGAGAAAUAAACACACCAUACACUAUCUGCAGAUAUAGCCAAGUAGAUUUGGAUAGAGAAUACUAUUUCCAGUGGUAGUGUUUAGCUCACCUAGGGGGAUGUGUUUGUAUACACAUUUGCAUAUACCCACAUGGGGACAUAAGCUAAUUUUUACAGGACCCAGAAUUCUGUUCAAUGCUGUUAAAUAUGCCAAUAGUUUAAUCUCCUAUUCUGUCAUUGUUGCUUGUUGAAGAAAAUCAUUACAUUCCAAGUUGACAUUUAUUUUUUUUCCUUUUAAUUAAAAUUUGAUUCUGGACACCCUCAGCAUCCCUCUUUUCCCCAAAACUGGGGUCAUCUGACCUCUGUCCCUCUCCUUUUCUCCUGCUUCCUGUUUGGGGGCCUUCAUUUAACUGCCUAACAGGCUUGGCUCAGAUGGGAGAUGAGUUAGUGGGGGUCAGGGGCCUGGGCAGAGGAAGGAAAGCUGCAGAGCAGCCCACUCCAGUAGACAGCCACCUCUUCUGGUUUGGGGGGACAGCUCGCUCCCUUGCACCCAGCUUGAUGAGUGAAGGCCACUUCCCGAGCUCCUUGCCAGGUAGAAUUAAAAUUAGUGGUCACUGGGGAAGCCUGACUCUGCAAAUCAGCCGCAGGGUCUUGGUUGUGUUUUAUGAAAUAAAACUAUAAUAUAAACUCUCCUAUUAAAUAAAAUUAUUUUAAGUUUUAGUGGUCGAAAGUGAGAUGCCAAGAGUAGAUGACAAAUGUAUAUUUUACUGGGUUUGGGAUAAUAGGAUGGUGACACUCAAAUUGAUUGCUCUCUGUCUCUUUUUUUAAGAUUAUGGGUAUUUAUCCUCUAUUAGUAUUUGUAUCUUCAGUUCAUUCCACUUGAGGAAACAGAGCUGCCAACUGAAACAGGAGAAAAAAGAAGCGAGAACACAUUGUGGUGUGCCCCUCCCAUGCCCACCCCGCAGGCAAUGCCCAGGCACCGGGUUUCCGUGGGAUCGAGUUCAUUGACUUCUCACCUUGUGGUCAUGCCAUUUGGUAGAGGGAAGAUGGGAGACUUGGCCCUCUCUGUGAGGCAGGGUGAGUGGAGGGAGCUGACAGCAGCAGGUCAAUGGUUCUUAGUCUGUGAGCCCCAGAUGUGGUGUUUUGAGAUUUAUUUCAACCUCAGAUUCUCACAAGACGGGACCCCUGGCCCAACCCACACAAGUGCCCCUCCCUAAACAGACACCAGUGUCUCCUCUCUAAGGUGUCUGGACCAAGGACGGUCCCUCACACAAGGAGGGACUUGGGGUGAGAACUGAACACGAGUCACCUGAACAGAAGACAUGACGGAACCACUGUCCCAUCUGUCAGGCCCCGGUGAGGGGAACAUCAGGUCCUGGGCAAAGAAGGGUCCUUUGCAAAGUGAUGUGGUCAGAGGGCGGUUUUUGAGCUUUCUAUAAGCUAUAGCUUUGUUUUGUUUAUUUCACCUGUUCACUUACUGUAUAAUUUAAAGUCAUUUAUGUAGUUGAGACACUUCAGUAUUUCAAUCAUAUCAUGGAUGUUUUAUUUUGCUAAAUCUUGGGUCAUGUGUAGGCUGUAAUAUGUGUACAUUGUGUUUAAGAGAAGAAAAAAAGUUAAAUCCACAUGCCGCCAUUUUCCUGAAUCAAAUUCUACAGUGGAAUGGAGGGUAAAAUGCUUCUUUUGUGCAGGCAGCUAGACUGGUAAGUAAGGGGACUGGAAGGGAAGUAGCCCCAAGACUCUUCCAGCCUCCUCCCAAUAGGAAUUCCUAUGGUUUCUGGAAUAGGAAGGAGGAGGCCACCAAAAAAAAAAAAAAGAAAGAAACUACAUCCAUGCUUUUGUCCUGUGUCAACUGGCCCUGGGCAACCUGCUGGUCACUGGCCACUCCCAUCCUCCCACCCCCACAUUCCUUUGCCUACCCAGUUGGGAAGCCAAGAUUUCUCCUAAAACUCCAGGGCCAAGAGAGGGGUGAUUCCAAGAUCUCUUUGCCUCCUCUGGCCAUCUCUUCUGCCUCCCAGUCAUGGAAGCCCCACACCAGGUUCUCCCCACUGAGGCCAGAGCUCCCAUCUGGUCAGGGAAGGUAACUCCAGGAGAUUCCUAUCCUUCUCCAAUAAGUCUUCCUUCCCCUCAUGCAGCCCCAGACCUGCAUCAUGGUGGUCAGGAGAGAACCCAGGGGCCCCAUUUUCCACACCAUGGUUCUUGAGCAAGGAAAGAAACAUGACUUGUUGGAAUGGCUCCAUCUAGGAGAUACGGUGAUGCCUGUGAACAGUCCCCUCUCCUGCCCCAGCCCGUCUUCCCCUUCAUCUUGGGCGUGACCGUCACCAGUAUGGAUUACCCCAAGAUGGCACUAGAUACUAGGGUUAUUUUUAUUUGGAGAGAAACACUUAAAAAUAAUCUGAUGGCAAAAGUGAAACAAAAUGGGGGGAGUGUGGGGGACAUGGGUAUCAGCAGCUUCUAAAUUGGCUCUUUGAAGGUUAGAGGAGGAGAAGAGCUUAGAACAAUCCAUUAGGGGCUUCUUAGAUUCUCCCAUGCCCCACCCCCAACCUUUCCCUUUAGCCAGUCUGCUGUCCUGAAACCCAGAAGUGAUGGAGAGAAACCAACCAGAGAAAACCCUGUCUGGAAGGAAUGUAUUUGUUGCUAAAUUUUGUAGCACUGUUUACAGUUUUCCUCCAUGUUAUUUAUGAAUUUUAUAUUCCGUGAAUGUAUAUUGUCUUGUAAUGUUGCAUAAUGUUCACUUUUUAUAGUGUGUCCUUUAUUCUAAACAGUAAAGUGGUUUUAUUUCUAUCACACA